UCGUUUUCCUGUUUGUUGAAGGCGUGUCUCUUUCCACACGGUCCCUGGGCGGACGGGCGCUCCCCGCGUGCGCGCGCUGGUGCUGAUGCAGACAGACAGAAGCAUCCUACCGGACAAACACCGUAGGACGUGUGGGAAAGUGAUGCUUUGACGUUGGAAGGGCUUCCUGAGACUCGUGCCACUGGCAUGGCGGUGCGCUCUGACCUGUGGGGUACGGCUCAGCCGGUGUUUGAGUCCUUGUCCGCAGGCGGUGGCAGUCCCGUGGAGGAGCUGGACGUCAGGAGUUUCCUGGGCUCACUGAUGGAAGAGAACAGCACAGCGGAGAGAUGUUAUAGCUCUCACUCCCACAGCAGUGUCCUGCAGGGCCUGCCUUUCGGAGGAGUCCCCACCGUCCUCACCAUCAACAUCGUUUUGUGGCUGUUCCUGCUUCUGAUCUUCUCCUGUUUGAGGAAGGCAGCGUGGGACUACGGUCGCCUGGCUCUGCUUGUGGAAAAUGACAGCUUGACAUCACUUUUCUAUGGAGAACAAAGUGAGAAAGAGAAAACCCCGUCAGAAUCCAGCCCAUCAGACUCAGAGACCAAGGACGUGGGCUUCUGUUCCUGGCUCACAUCUCUGUACCACAUGAAGGAUGAGGAGAUCCGCAGUAAAUGUGGCAUUGAUGCGAUCACGUACCUGUCUUUCCAGCGUCACAUCAUCCUGCUCAUGAUGGUGGUGUGUUCGCUGUCACUCACCAUCAUCUUGCCUGUCAACCUCUCUGGAAACCUCCUAGGAGAUAGCCCACAGAAUUUCGGCCGAACAACAGUGGUUAAUUUGCCCGCAAAGAAUAUAUUUCUGUGGCUGCACAGCAUCUUUGCUCUGCUGUAUUUUGUGAUCACAGUACUGUGCAUGGCCCAUCAUUCCUCACGGCUGGAAUACAGAGAGGAUGAGAAGGUGGCCAGAACUCUAAUGAUAACUUCAAUUCCCAGAGAAAUCUCUGAUCCUGGCCUGAUCGCCAAACACCUGCAUGAAGCCUACCCUAGCUGCACCGUCACUGAUAUCCGGUUCAGCUUUGACAUUCAAAAACUAAUGAAGCUGGACUCCGAAAGGCGAAAAGCAAUGAAAGGAAGGCUGUACUUCACAACCAAAGCUCAGAAGGAAGGCAGGAUCAUGAUAAAGACUCACCCUUGUGCACAGAUCUUCUGCUGUGAUUUAUGUGGCUUUGAACAGGUGGAUGCAGAGCAGUAUUACAGUGAACUGGAGGAGAAACUGACAGAUGAGUUUAAUGCAGAGAAGAACCGUAUCUUUAUGAAGAGGCUGGGCAUUGCCUUUGUUACCUUCAGAGAUGAGAGAAUGACUGCAGUUAUUGUGAAAGACUACAGCCGAGCUCACUGCCGCCUCAGACCCCAGCAGUCCAGCAUCACCACAGUGGUGCAGUCCCAUCAGUGGGGGGUUUCUUACGCCCCGGCCCCUAAUGACAUCAUCUGGGAAAAUCUGUCAGUGUGUGGUUCUCGCUGGUGGCUCCGCUGCGUCCUGCUCAACAUUCUGCUCUUCCUCUUGCUCUUCUUUCUCACAACCCCUGCUAUCAUCGUAAACACCAUGGACAAGUUCAACGUCACCCGGCCGGUUGAAAGCUUAAGGAACCCAGUAAUUACCCAGUUCUUCCCCACCCUGAUCCUGUGGGCCUUUUCCAUUCUCCUGCCCUUCAUUGUGUACUAUUCAUCUUUUUUUGAGUACCACUGGACCAGGUCCGGUGAGAAUCAGGUCACCAUGCACAAAUGCUUUUUUCUGCUUGUCUUCAUGGUGAUCAUUCUACCAUCACUGGGUCUCUCCAGCCUGGAUUUGUUCUUCAGGUGGCUCUUUGACAUCCACUUUCUGGAUGAAACAGAUGUAAAGUUUCAAUGUGUGUUUUUGCCUGAUAAUGGAGCUUUUUUUGUGAACUACGUGAUCACGUCCAGUCUGAUCGGAACGGCUAUGGAGCUCCUGCGUAUUCCUGCUCUUCUGGUGUACUCUCUGCGCCUUUGCUUUGCCAAAUCUAAAGCUGAACGCAUACAUGUUAAAAGAAGUCAGGCCUACGAGUUUCAGUUUGGUCUUGAAUAUGCCUGGACCAUGUGCAUAUUUUCAGUCAGUAUGACCUACAGCAUCACCUGCCCCAUCAUUGUUCCCUUUGGGUUGCUGUACCUUGUACUGAAGCACAUGGUAGAUCGCUAUAAUAUCUACUAUGCCUAUCUACCCACAAAGCUCAGCCAGCGGAUCCAUUCGGCCGCCAUCAGUCAAGUGGUGGUGGCACCCAUUCUCUGCAUGUUCUGGCUGCUGUUCUUCUCUGUGCUCAGACUGGGUCCAGUGCAGCCCAUCAGUCUGUUCACUUUCAUAACUCUCUUGUGCUGUAUUGCCUUCUCCUGCUUUGGCUUCUGUCUGAAAAAACUACGACCCGACAGAUCAACAAGCUAUCAGAUGUCCGAUCAGACGACAGAAGGAGGCUUCACUGAUGCGGAAAGAAGCACCGUUUCCACCACAGUCACAGCUAAUCUUUUUAUAGCCUCCGUCUUGCUGGAGCCAGAGCUGGGCCUGACUCCCAUGCCCUCUCCAGCCCACCAGAGCUACGGCACCAUGGGGAACAGCCAGAGCUCAGUACGUGACCCCGAAGGGGUGGAGGAGAAGGACCUGGAGGAAACUUUGGAGACUGAACUCAAGGAAGAGCCAGAUCCCAGCUGCCCGAGCCCUGUCAUGGACAGUCCUGUGGGUUUCCAGUGACCAACCUGUCCCCAUUUCCCACACGCUAACGCUCAAGCCCCAUGCUUCAUCUUAGCUAGUGGCUGAUAAAGAGGCACUAUGCUGCAAAAUGUUUCCUCUACAACCUCCAUUUAUGAGUAAAAGACAACAAAUUGCGGACAUCCAUGCAGACUGCUUCAAAAAGCUUGUUGGGAAUUCACUGACAUGGAGGACUUUGAUGAGCUUUCAAAGAAGUAUCUGAAGUGGAUAAAAGCCAAGAUCUGUCAAAGAAAGAGGCCAGCCACUUCUCUUGCUCGGACUAUGCUUUCUACUUUCUUCUGUAUUUUUCUUUUCUCUCUAAUGAUGUUAAUGGGUGUCUGGUGGUUUGGUUGACUGAGGCUUGGUACAUUGUAUUUCAACAGAAAAUGCAUAGUCACAUUGUAUAGCUCCAAAAAGUUGAGACAUCCCAAUCUUAUUUGCUCAUUAUUAAUCAUUUUGCUGAUGUUGCAGUUUGUGCUUAUUACUGUUAUUUUUAUUCAGUACUUGUAUUUUAGCAAUGUUACGUAAUUGUGCAACAUUAUGCUGAGAGUGCAUUGUUUUCAUGUGUUUACUAUUAUUAGAUUAUUAUUACUGUCAUUAACACCCUCAACAUCUAUUGCAGUGUGCAUCAGAGUCAAUCACUCCCAGGUAUUGUUUGUUUUGCAGUGACAAUAGCAGUUGUGUUGUGCAUACUGCAGUCAAUUGGCACUACAGUAGAUUUCAAAGUCAAUAAGGCACUCAUUCCAUAAUUUGUUUGUUUUUUCCUUUCCUGUGAAGUUCAGUCAGUUGUUUGGUCUGUGGUAGAGAUGUGAGGACAUUCAUAUGUGAGGACUAAUAUACAGUCUA